UUCGUCUCUCUUUCAAUUUUCAACUUGUAUUGUUGCACCAUCUCUGGCUUUUAUAAUUGAUUCAAUAAUAUUCCCAUAUUUUCCUUCGAAAAAACUCCUUCAAUUAUUUUUUUUGAUUUUCUCCUCUUGAAUAUUAUAUGUUGAUCAUCGAGAAGAUAUUUGCAAGGAUUGUAUAGCGUUUUGCCAAACUCGGAAAAUGCCCAUGGACCGAACUCUACGAUCAGAGAGCAUUAGAUCGCUGCACGUACUCUCGAUCGAGUGUCUGAAGGGGAGCUCGAAGGCCGACGAAUGGGCCGGAGACAUGCUCCAGACCGGCGAUAUCGUUGAGGAGAUUCAUAUUGGAUCCGGCUCAGGAUUGACUCACAAGGCGCCUUUUAAAGGCGGCAGGAGCGGUGUCCAGAGGAUCCUUCACAGCUCCUAUAAGAACAAGGAGACCUCGAUUCUCGUCCGAGUCAGGCGAGGCACCGACGAGUUCGCUCAGCUGCAAGCGUGUAUCGUGCCUAACGAGUCAGGCGGGAGAAAGCAGUACAUGCUGAGGUCUAUAGCGGAUCCAAAUUACGCUGUCGGGUUCUUAGAUCGGACUGAGUCUGAGUGCUUCGAGUUGCAAGCUUCAAGGAGCUCCAGGAUGGUCAGUGAACUAGAAAGGUCAAGGCUUCAGGAUGGAUACGUCUCAUAUCCGUGGGAGAGGAGGAUGCAGGAGGUUCUAUAUGUUCCCAACUCGAGCAGCUUUCUUUCCAUUCUCCUCCUUCCAAAGGCUUCAGAUCGAUUGGCCUCUCGAUACAACGACUUGGAGGAUACCCUUGCUCGAGCAAAUGCUUGGCUUAUUGCAUCUCAGGCCUCCGGGGUCCCCAUUGUUUUCAUGAAUAUCCAGACUGAAUCCUUGCUCACUAAGAUCUCUGGGGAAACUGCUUCAGCUACUGUGAAUGCUGGGUCAUUAUCUGAUUUAUCAAACCUAGCCAAUGCAAGUCUAUAUGGUUUUGAGGACUACCAUGGGGUUGACCUCGGAGUCGUUCGAGCGGUUCGCCUAUGGUACGCCCCUCUUGCCGAAGAAAUUGCGAUCGAGAUCAAAUUAAAAGAAGAUGACAUAAAGCUCGGGUUCGCCAUAAGCCGCACAGAAGAGGGAUUCAUCUACAUAUCAUCCGUCAUUGAUGGUGACGAAAACGUUCCAUCAACAAGAUCAGGACUCGCCACUCUCUACAGAGAAGCAUUGAACGCGUCCAGGAUGUUGGUCGUCUCAAGAUUAUCAAACCAGAAGGUUCUUCCAUGGAUGGUUUCGUCAACUGGAGCCGUUCGAUGUUUCGAUACCGUCUCCCUAAGUCAAAAGCUCUCACUACACCGGCAUGCCAAUGUGCCGAUUCUAAUGCACGUGUUCUUGUGGGAUCAAUCUUUGGUUUCCCGAGCUUUUAGCAGUGCCAGGCAGUGGGUUUCCUCUCCGUCAGCGUUACCAUUGCCCCCUGAGGUUAGAUUAGCACACCAACCUAACGACAAUCAAAUACUGCCUUUGCCACCUGAUGAACCAAAUGGUAGUAUACCCUCAAGCGACCAGCAGCCGGACCGCCGGUUACAGAGAGACACUGCCGGGGAGGUGUCCUUCAGGUUUCAUGAUUUUUCACUUCCUAAAAACUGGGUAUGAUUUUUCAUUUCCUGCUUCACCGUGUAUAUA